GAUAGACAGAUUGACAGACAGACACACCAGCAGACUGGCAUCUAUAAGCGGCACCAUGAAAACCAACUGCUCCUUCACCGAGGUAGACCGCCUCAUGAAAUCACUGGAACUUGCCAUCUAUGUGCCCAUCUUCGUGUGCGGCCUUGUCCUCAACAUCCUGGCCCUGGUUGUCUUCUGCUUCCUCCUCCGCAAGUGGACAGAGUCCACCAUCUACAUGACCAACCUGGCCCUCCUGGACCUCCUUCUCCUCCUCCUGCUCCCAUUUAAGAUGCACGCCACCAUCCACCACUGGGAAGCCCACCACCGCUUCCUCUGCUCCUUCCUGGAGAGCCUGUACUUUGUGGGCAUGUACGGCAGCAUCUACACCAUUGCUUGCAUAGCCAUGGACCGCUGGGUGGCCAUACGCCACCCCUUCCGCGCCAAGCAGCUCCGCUCCCGCCGGGCCGCUCUGGGGAUCUGCAUCCUGGUCUGGGUGGUGGUGCUGGGAGGCACCUCACCCAUCUACUCGUUCCGCAUGGCGGGAAAUGGGUCCUUCCACUGCUUCCACGGCUUCUCAGAGAAGGGCUGGCGCCCAGAUGUGAUCAGCUGCCUCUUGGGCUUUGGGUUUGUGGGGCCUACCCUGGUGCUGGUGGUGUGUUCGGCACAGAGCAUCCGGACGCUGAGGCAGUCCGGCAAAGAGAGCCAUAAGAACAGAGCCUGUGUGAGGAUCAUCUACAGCAGUCUCUGUGCCUUCCUGGUCCCCUUCACGCCUAGCCACCUGGGCAUCCUGCUGCAGUUCCUGGUACGCCAAGACGUGAUCCAGGACUGCAUGGCCAAGACCAAUAUCAGCCUGUUCCUGCAGGUGGCCAUGAGUCUGGCCAACAUCACGUGUUGUCUGGAUGCUCUGUGUUACUACUUCAUCACCAGGGAAGUGAGGAGCUCCAAGCAGACCUUCACCUUCAGGAGGUCCAGGUCUAGCAGCCAGAGAAGAGCCACCACCAGCACCUCAGAGCUCUGACAAGACCCGUGGAGGGACAAACACUGAGCCGAACUGGUUUAAAUUAUGUUUCAACCAGUUUUGCCCACUGGGAAAUUACUGUGUGUGUGAAAUCUUACUCGCUGUGUGAAAAAUUCUGCCACUGUUUGAGGACAAGGGACGUUGAGUAGGAAAUAGGAGUAUUUAUUAUUGAAAACCUAUGCAUUUCAGCCCAAUUUUUCCUUUUGACCAUCUGCAGACUUACCUCUGACAAGAGUUAACCCAAGGAGAUCAGGUGUUUUAAUAUAUUUAACUUUCACUAUAUUUCACUGCUUCGCUUAAGUAAAAAGUUGUAAACUUCUUUGACUACCACAAAAUACUUUUAAAGAGCUGAAGCAAUUCAAACAACAUUUUCUUGGAAAUGUUCCAUUUGAUUACAAUUGUUUGUGCCUUGUGCAAUGCCAUCUAUAUGUGUACUGUAUGUUCUGAGAAGGGACUCAUGAGACUUUAUCAUCAGAUGAGUGAUGUGGGCUAAGACAGCACACCCCUAGUUUCAACUGACGGCAUACGGAGAAAACCUCAUUUGUCUGUGCGUAGGCUGAAUGUCGCUGUGGUUACGAUAAAACACAUGUACACAAACUAUGCCUUCAGAAAGUAUUGCUCUCUCUGUACAUCCAAGGGCCAGCCGUGCUGACCUGUUUUGAGCCAAUUGCAAUUGUGGCACCUGACCACACGACUGAACAGUAGUCCAGGUGUGACAAAACUAGUGCCUGUAGGACCUGCCUUGUUAAUAGUGCUGUUAAGAAUGUAGAAACUAGAGCCUGUAGGACCUGCCUUGUUGAUAGUGCUGUUAAGAAAGGAAAACAGUGCUUUAUUAUGGACGGACUUCUCCCCAGCUUAGCUACUGUUGUAUCAAUAUGUUUUGACCUUGACAGUUUACAAUACAGGGUUACUCCAGGCAGUUGAGUCACCUCAACUUGUUCAAUUUACACAUUAUUUAUUACAAGAUUUAGUUGAGGUUUAUGGUUUAGUGAAUGAUUUGUCCCAAAUAGUUUUUGAAAUAUUUAGGACAAACGUAUUCUUGCCACCCAUUCUGAAACUAUCUGCAGCCAUUUGUUAAGUGUUGCAGUCAUUCCAGUUGCUGUAUUAGCUGACGUGUUGAGUCAUCCACAUACAGUUGAAGUCAGAAGUUUACAUACACAACCACUCCACAAAUUUAGAAAAAUGCUUAUUGAAAUUCUCAAUUAU